AUGGGGCCUCUGUUAAGUGAUGUCUCAAGGCUGGACAACAAUGGCCUAAAUGAGUCAAACAGUGUAGCGAAUCAAAUAAAGCAACAACUCGCCGCUGGCAAAUUUGCGGAGGCAACCGAUUCUUUUGACCAGCUUCAAGAUGUCAUCAGUCAAAACAGCGAUGACGUGACGAAAUUGAGAGGCAACCGUACGUACCACUACCGAAGGGAAGUUGAUCAACUUCUAGCACAUGGAGUCAAUGUCACCAUAUAUAAUGGUCAAAACUCACAAAAAGCUUCAAUUGAUUGGUUCUUUCGCAGUUGGACAAUCAAAGUCCUAGUGCGAGAAAUCCAUAUAUGUACUCUGCUCUCGAUUAACGUACCUUUAGAUCAGCCUUGCACUGCAUUAGACAUGAUAGCAAACAUCACACAGUCUCCACCUGAUCUUUGUUGA